AUGAGUACAGUGCAGGAUACUGCCACAUGGAAAAACAAAGCUGUCUCUAAAGUCAGUGACAUGUCCAGGGGUGGUAAUAAAACAGAUAAGGGUGAUGACAAGGUGGACUUGUGUGGCCGGGGGAGCUGGUGGCUGGGAACGCUGAAAUGGAACGUCGUGGAUAUAGACGAACAACAUGCUAACAAUACAGUAAAGUGUCGGCGCACCAAGCCAUGUGUUAACACAUUCCCUAAACUUCUCUCGCCCUUCUUUCAGGACACACCCAUCCCAGGUGUCUAUCACAUCCGCGACUUCCUCGAAGAGGCUGAACUGAACCCGGUGAGGAAGACCUACGGGUUCAAAGGCGUCGGCAGAAAAGCCCACCCUCUGGGCGUACGUAAGGGGGAUUUGCUUCUCCCUGGGGCGUAUGACUACAUCGACUCCAUCCAGGAGGUCUUGAAGCACCAGGCGUCCUACUCUUUCAAAAACUGUCCACGGCCCAACAUCGUCACCCUGGGCGUCAGGGACAAGCAUAUAAACACUUCACCGUGCGACUAUGAUGUGACAGCGAAACCAGUGGAGAAGAUUCCCUGCAAGCAUGUGAUGUUUCGGUCGACCGUGCAGCGGAUCAGCUUUCCUCCUAAAGAGGGGCCGGCUCCAUGCCACUACUAUCCACAGACCAGACCAGGAAAAGGCAUCACUUCCUGCUUCAAAUCCACAUUGCCGCGGCUCCACUGUGUGCACUCUGUAAGUCUGAAGACCCCAGGACCAGGGGCCCACGAACCUUGCUGGAAGUUGGGCGAUCGUGUGAACACAGAAGCCAUAGACCCAUCAUUUAGCCUCUUCUUCCGCAACAUUCUCUAGUGUGGACUUUAAUUCCCACAAAAACUUCUCUCCAUCCUGUAUGUAAAAGUAAAAUUACGAAUGUGCAAAAGAAAGAAAUAUUCCAGUCUCUUAUUACUUGGACCAAUGUUUAUCUGCAUGUCAGUGAGGGAGUCU